CUCUUUGUGAUUUUCCAAAGGACCAAUGUCCUCGUCUGCCGGGUUUCGCUUCUCGCGUCGUAAGCAGGACAUCGAAUGACAUCGGUUUUCGUGGCUUGUGGCUUGCAACCACAUUUCAGCCCAUUUCUGUGUGCCGCGUGUGUCUGGCAGCGUAUGAAGACGACAUCCCAGACGGAUGGACCUUGCCAGAAGGCUCCACCAAAAGGGGCGCAAAGGUGGGUGGGUGGGACCAGUGCUUCCCUCGUUCCUGCGUGAUCUCUGCAGCACUCUCUUGAGUCGUCCUUGUUUGUGCUCGUCAGGCCUUCAAGAAGCAUUGUGCGCAGUGCCAUUCCAUCUACCCGGUGAGCGCGAGGCGAUAGUAUGUAUGGCUUACUCUGUGUGUGGCCCUCCACUUGUGAGGACGUUCGCGCGUAUCUCUAUCUGAUGUGUCAGGAUGGUCGUGUGCCUUUUGCGGGCGCCGCUGCGUGGGGGCCGACGAUGUGGCAGGUGUGCAACAGGACGGCCGGCGCAGUGAUCAUUACAGGCAACGCACACAUCUCCAAAUAUCUCAAAGUGAGAGAGAGCGCUCGCUACUCAGGCAUUUUUGGCUACAGUGAAAAUGGUGCGGCGUGCCGCCUGUUUGCAGGACUCAGGUGUCGUGUGGACGGACGCCAAUCUGAUGAGAUACAUGAAAAACCCCCGGGUGCGUGAAAUGAGAGAGGACGACGUUCAGAGAGCUGUGUGUUCGAUUGUUUGCCGUGCUGUGGCCUGUGUGCAGGCGUUCACUGAGUCGCCUGUUCAGGUCGAUAUCAGACCGAUGGAUGCAGCAUUGUACGUUCACCGAGUUGGGUUUCCCUGCUGCAUACUUGCUUCAGAUGAACUUUGCGGGCAUCAACGACGUGCAGAUGCGCGUCGACAUCUGCCACUACCUGCACACACUAUGUCCCGAGCACCCAGACGGGCGGGCGAUCAUGGCGGCCACCGAAACAACGCCCCUGCCAACUCUUAAGGAGUUCGGCGCCGCACUGGGGCUGGCGGGCAGGGCAGCCUCGCCACCCGCUGCAUGAAACAACCGGCGGAAUGGGGACAGGGAGGGGGGAGGGGCGGGUGUUCGGGUGUAUCGACCGAGUCCACAUACGGUUCGCACUGUUGGAUGUGGGCGGCAUGUGGGUACUGUUGUGCCAUGUGCAAUUUGUCAUAGUAUGCUUCGUGUUGACGGAGCACGGGACUGAUGGUGCAGUGCAGUAUGCGCCUGUGGGGUAGCAGCAGGGGCGGGUCGGUUCGGCUCGGCUCGGGUGUAUGAUGGACAGUACGUAUCUGAACUCACAAUAUGACCCGCAGGAUGAAGUCGGCUAAGUGCCAUUUUUGGGCUUUGCAGCACUGCCAAGAUCUCUGCCUGCACAUACGUCGCAACCGACGACCACUAUUCACAUCGACACACACACACACACACACAUACAUACGUAUGUAUGGUCACACAAA